CUUACAGGAGUGAUUCUUUCUAGAAUUCUGUAGCAGUAACUUGUUAGCUCGCCUUGAGGGGGUUCAGUUGAGUUUAUUUUGGUCAGGUUUUGGCCACCGCUGCUCUGAACAUAAAAACAUAUUUCUACGACCUGUAGCGUGCACGGGGUGUAUGUUCCUUAAAUAAACCUUCUUGUUAGCUUCGUUUAGCUCAUUAAUUUAGCCAAUUCUCAUUCCAAGCUAACGCCAUUAGCAUUGGGUUCUUGUUGGCAGGAUGUCUAGAAUCGAUUACAGCGUGUGGGACCACAUUGAGGUGUCAGAUGAUGAAGACGAUACCCACCCAAACAUCGACACACCCAGCCUCUUCAGAUGGAGACAUCAGGCACGUGUGGAGCGAAUGGAAGAAUUUCAUCAAAAGGGUGACGAGCUAAAUAAAGGACACUCUGAAUGUCGACGGAAGCUGGCUGAGACACAGAAAAAGGUGCAAGAGUUGUCCAUUGCAUCAUCAGAUGAUGUCAAAGCAGAGCUGAGCAAAGUCCAGGCUGAAGAAAAGAAACUGAAAAAAGAGGAGAGGGAAUGGGAGAAGAAGGUGGAUGAGCACAACCGAGAGGAAAAGAAGAUGCCAUGGAAUGUCGACACACUCAGCAAAGAUGGUUUCAGCAAGAGUAUCGUUAACGUGAAACCUGAAUCUUUUGAAGAGACUGAAGAGGAGAAGGAGCAAAAGCACAAAACAUUUGUGGAGAAACAUGAGAAGCAGAUCAAACAUUUUGGCAUGCUGCGACGUUGGGAUGACAGCCAGAAGUACCUCUCUGACAAUCCUCAUCUUGUAUGUGAAGAAACUGCCAACUAUCUUGUCAUCAUGUGCAUUGACCUUGAAGUUGAAGAGAAAAGUGCAUUAAUGGAGCAAGUGGCUCAUCAGACCAUUGUGAUGCAGUUCAUACUAGAAUUGGCCAAAAGCCUCAAAGUGGACCCUCGUGGUUGCUUUCGUCAGUUCUUUUCCAAAAUUAAGACGGCAGAUCAGCAGUACCAGGAAGCUUUCAACGACGAGCUGGAGUCAUUCAAAGAGCGAGUUCGGGGAAGGGCAAAGAUUCGCAUAGAAAAGGCCUUGAAGGAAUAUGAGGAAGAAGAGCGAGAGAAACGCAUGGGACCGGGGGGGCUCGACCCUGUAGAAGUCUAUGAAACCCUACCACCUGAGAUGCAGAAAUGCUUUGAUGAGAAGGACAUUCAGUUGUUGCAGGAUGUCAUUAGCAAAAUGGACCCAACAGAGGCAAAACAUCAUAUGAAGAGGUGCAUUGACUCAGGGCUCUGGGUCCCCAACUCCAAGACAGAUGAUGGGGACGAAAAAGAGGAGGAAGCCACCUAUGAAGAGGUUAAACAGGAGCAGGAAGACGCUAAGAAGGAAUGACCAGAAUUGACUCCCUGAUUUAUUGUUUGCAAAUGUACUUACCAGCUGUAACUCCACUAUAUGUAUGAUUAGUUUGCCAAUCCAGUGAAAAUGCUUAGCUGAGACUUAAGAUGUUGAUGUUGACUUAACUACACAACUAUGUUGCAUUAGUUACCCCCGCUUGGACAAGAAACUUGCCUGUAUGUUUCACCAUCACUUUUUUUUUUUUUUUUUUUUUUUAAGAAUACAGUUGUCAGCCUCUGUAGGUGUGUUUAUGUUCACACACGCCUGCCUGCUUUAUCUGUGUUAUAUUUUCAUGUCUGAGAUUUAAGAUUUGUUUUCUUUUGUGUGUGUUUUUGUUUUUUUUUUCCUUCAAUUUUCAAAUUCAGUAUUUUAGGUUGACUUUUAGGGCUGAAGCAGCCAAAACAUUCAGAUGGUUAUUGCUCAGUGUGAUUUUUUUUUUUUUUUUACAAACUUAACUAAAGGUUUAAUUCUG